GGACUAUGAUAAUUCUCUAUCUUCCUCCUCUUACACCCCAAAUCAAAACCAUUAUGGAUACCCAAGAACACCAAAUAAUCAAAGACCAAAACACCCCUAUGAAUCUCGAAACAUUCGCGGUUAUCGAGGCGCUCUCAAUCGAGAGAGAUUACCUUAAAACCGAGAUUCUCGCGGUCGAGGAGAAGAUUAGGGAGAGAGAAAAUGAGUUGUUAAGGAGGAUUAAUGAUGUGUUAAGGGAGAAAGAGUGUUUAGAGGUGGAAAUUGAUAAGGGUUUAAGAGAAAAACAGGUGUUAUUGAAAGUUAUUGAAUUCAUUAAAGAGUCUUUGAUGAGAGUUAGUGAAUGUUUAGAUGAUAAUAAUGAAUGUAAUGAAACUGAAAAAGUGUCGAAUUUUGAGGAGAAAUUGGAAGAAUUAAUGUUGGAAAAAUUGGAAUUUGUUUUUAGGAUGGUGAAAAGGGUUGAAGAAAAGGUGAAUUCUCAUCUAAAAAAAGUGAGUAAAGAGAAGAGGGAAUUAGAAUGCAGUGUGAUGAGUUUAAUUGAGGAGAAUCGAGAUGUUAAUGUGUUGUUUCGUGUUGCUGUUGUUGAGAAAGAAGCAAUGGAGAAGAGUGUUGCUGGUAAAUUGAAGAAGAAUAAUGAACAGAGUAGAACAGCUUUGUUGCAGUUUGCUGAGAGAGGGUUGCAGAGAGUUGGGUUCGGGUUUAUAGUUGGAGGCGGUUCGAGUAAUGUGGAAGAUGAAGAUCGAAAGGAAAAUGGUGAUCAAAGUUCAGAGAGUAGUGAAUCUGAAUCUGAAGAGGAAGAAGUUGUGAGUUUGGUUUCGACUGUGGAGAAGAUGAUGAAGGGGUUAAGAGUCGAGAUCACUCAAUUAAGGAAUGAUUUGGAGGAGUCCAGGUCAGAAACUGAGCAGUUGCUGAGUCUGACAGAGAAACAAGCUCAACAGAUCACCGAACAAGGCGAUUACAUCAAAGAGAUGGAAGAUCGAGAAAGAAUUCUAACUCAAAAUGUCGAAGAACUCGUUGCAGAAAUAAAAGCAACUGAAAGGGAGGUUCAGAGAUGGAGAAAAGCCUGUGAAUUGGAAGUGGAUGCUGGAAAACAUGUUGCUCGUGAACAUGAUAAACUGGUUAAUAUUUUGAAACAAGAGUUAGAGAAGACAAGAACAACUCUACAAGUAUCGAACAAGAAGUUGAAGUUAAAGGACGAAGUAGUUGCUGCAGCAAUGGCAGCACAAUCAGCUGCAGAGAAAUCUCUGCAACUGGCUGACAGCAGAACUGCAGGAUUACGACAGAGGAUUGAAGAACUGACCAGACAAUUGGAAGAAGAAGAUGAAAACAGACAGAAAAACAAUAACAGAAGAAGAAGGAUGAGGCGAAUAUGUUGGCCAUGGCUAGCUCUUAAUUCUGCAAAUUCUACUAAUAAUAAUACUAGAGUUCUGGAUUUGGAUAUAAGAAGACGUGUGAGACCAGAAAUGCAAACCUUUCUUCAUUAACAAGUUACUUGUAGACCUGUCAAACGGGUCGGGUUAAUCUGGGUCGGUCACUUUUGGGUUUGGGUAUAUAAAUGUUUGUUCAAGACCCAGAACUUUCAGUUUCAGGUCGGCCCAACGGGCUGAGAGAUUUUAAAACGCGUAUUAUAUUUCAUUAUUUUUGAGUAAUAAAAAAAAUAUGCGCACAAAUUAACAAAUUU